GCUGCGUGCGCCAGCGCAGCUAGUCACGUGACGCCGGGGGCGGGGGCAGAUAGGAGGUGCCUGCUGUCAUCGUUCCGUGGGCCCUGCUGCGGGCACGCUCUCGGCGCAUGCGUUUUUUAUGCGGGAUUAAGCUUGCUGCUGCGUGACAGCGGAGGGCUAGGAAAAGGCGCAGUGGGGCCCGGAGCUGUCACCCCUGACUCGACGCAGCUUCCGUUCUCCUGGUGACGUGGCCUACAGGAACCGCCCCAGUGGUCAGCUGCCGCGCUGUUGCUAGGCAACAGCGUGCGAGCUCAGAUCAGCGUGUGGCGGACGAGAAGUGGAGUUUGGAAGUUCAGGGGCACAGGGGCACAGGCCCACGACUGCAGCGGGAUGGACCAGUACUGCAUCCUGGGCCGCAUCGGGGAGGGCGCCCACGGCAUCGUCUUCAAGGCCAAGCACGUGGAGACUGGCGAGAUAGUUGCCCUCAAGAAGGUGGCCCUAAGGCGGUUGGAGGACGGCUUCCCUAACCAGGCCCUGCGGGAGAUUAAGGCUCUGCAGGAGAUGGAGGACAAUCAGUAUGUGGUGCAACUGAAGGCUGUGUUCCCACACGGUGGAGGCUUUGUGCUGGCCUUUGAGUUCAUGCUGUCGGAUCUGGCCGAGGUGGUGCGCCAUGCCCAGAGGCCACUAGCGCAGGCACAGGUCAAGAGCUACCUGCAGAUGCUGCUCAAGGGCGUCGCCUUCUGCCAUGCCAACAACAUUGUACAUCGGGACCUGAAACCUGCCAACCUGCUCAUCAGCGCCUCAGGCCAGCUCAAGAUAGCGGACUUUGGCCUGGCUCGAGUCUUUUCCCCAGACGGCAGCCGCCUCUACACACACCAGGUGGCCACCAGCCCUCUUCCUCGCAGGUGGUACCGAGCCCCCGAGCUCCUGUAUGGUGCCCGCCAGUAUGACCAGGGCGUCGAUCUGUGGUCUGUGGGCUGCAUCAUGGGGGAGCUGUUGAAUGGGUCCCCCCUUUUCCCGGGCAAGAACGAUAUUGAACAGCUUUGCUAUGUGCUUCGCAUCUUGGGCACCCCAAACCCUCAAGUCUGGCCGUGUCUCAGCAAGCUGUGCACAGAGUCGUCAUCUGAGAGCGCAAGGGGAUGGAUGAAGGAAUACAGGGGUGGGAGCUCACUGAGCUGCCGGACUACAACAAGAUCUCCUUUAAGGAGCAGGUGCCCAUGCCCCUGGAGGAGGUGCUGCCCGACGUCUCUCCCCAGGCAUUGGAUCUGCUGGGUCAAUUCCUCCUCUACCCUCCUCGCCAGCGCAUCGCAGCUUCCAAGAUGUCAUAUGCUUGGGUGCCAUCACCUCAUGACGCUGCCUGCUGUUGUGCCCUGUGCUCACUCCUCUCCAGCCCCAGGGGCUCUCCUCCAUCAGUACUUCUUCACAGCUCCCCUGCCUGCCCAUCCAUCUGAGCUGCCGAUUCCUCAGCGUCUAGGGGGACCUGCCCCCAAGGCCCAUCCAGGGCCCCCCCACAUCCAUGACUUCCACGUGGACCGGCCUCUUGAGGAGUCGCUGUUGAACCCAGAGCUGAUUCGGCCCUUCAUCCUGGAGGGGUGAGAAGUUGGCCCUGGUCCCGUCUGCCUGCUCCUCAGGACCACUCAGUCCACCUGUUCCUCUGCCACCUGCCUGGCUUCACCCUCCAAGGCCUCCCCAUGGCCACAGUGGGCCCACACCACACCCUGCCCCUUAGCCCUUGCGAGGGUUGGUCUCGAGGCAGAGGUCAUGUUCCCAGCCAAGAGUAUGAGAACAUCCAGUCGAGCAGAGGAGAUUCACGGCCUGUGCUCGGUGAGCCUUACCUUCUGUGUGCUACUGACGUACCCAUCAGGACAGUGAGCUCUGCUGCCAGUCAAGGCCUGCGUAUGCAGAAUGACGAUGCCUGCCUUGGUGCUGCUUCCCCGAGUGCUGCCUCCUGGUCAAGGAGAAGUGCAGAGAGUAAGGUGUCCUUAUGUUGGAAACUCAAGUGGAAGGAAGAUUUGGUUUGGUUUUAUUCUCAGAGCCAUUAAACACUAGUUCAGUAUGUGAGAUAUAGAUUCUAAAAACCUCAGGUGGCUCUGCCUUAUGUCUGUUCCUCCUUCAUUUCUCUCAAGGGAAAUGGCUAAGGUGGCAUUGUCUCAUGGCUCUCGUUUUUGGGGGUCAUGGGGAGGGUAGCACCAGGCAUAGCCACUUUUGCCCUGAGGGCCUCCUGUGUGCUUCACAUCACUGAGCACUCAUUUAGAAGUGAGGGAGACAGAAGUCUAGGCCCAGGGAUGGCUCCAGUUGGGGAUCCAGCAGGAGACCCUCUGCACAUGAGGCUGGUUUACCAACAUCUACUCCCUCAGGAUGAGCGUGAGCCAGAAGCAGCUGUGUAUAUAAGGAAACAAGCGUUCGUGGAAUUAAUUUAUAAAUUUAAUAAAUCCCAAUAUAUCCCAGCUAGUGCUUUUUCCUUAUUAUAAUUUGAUAAGGUGAUUAUAAAAGAUACAUGGAAGGAAGUGGAACCAGAUGCAGAAGAGGAAAUGAUGGAAGGACUUACGGUAUCAGAUACCAAUAUUUAAAAGUUUGUAUAAUAAUAAAGAGUAUGAUUGUGGUUCAAGGAUAAAAACAGACUAGAGAAACUUAUUCUUAGCCAUCCUUUAUUUUUAUUUUAUUUAUUUUUUGAUGGAGUCUUGCUCUGUUGCCCAGGCUGGAGUGCAGUGGCACAAUCUCGGCUUACUGCAACCUCCGCCUCCUGUGUUCAAGUGAUUCUCCUGCCUCAGCUUCCCGAGUAGCUGGGACUACAGACGCGUGCCACCACACCUGGCUAAUUUUUGUAUUUUUACUCAAGACAGGGUUUCACCAUGUUAGCCAGGAUGGUCUUGAUCUCCUGACCUUGUGAUCCACCCGCCUCAGCCUCCCACAGUGCUGGGAUUACAGGUGUGAGCCACUGCGCCUGGCCUGUCCAGUUCUUCUUGAGAAACUGGACUUUUAUCAUUUACAUAUUGAAUUAGAAGUUGACAUAUCACAUCCUCAUUAGACCCAAACUUUGGCCAGAAGAUUGAGGGAUUGAGGAUGGGUCCCUGAGUCCAAAUAAAAUAGCAAUAUUUUAUCA